GUUGCCCGAAGCAGUGUGUCCAGUUUCAAAUCCAAGCGUCUCCUUGUUUUUAUAACAAUUUAUUAGGAAGUAAAUGCGAGGAUGUUUGACGGACACGAAACCGAUGUUUAAUUUAGUAUAGUUUAAUUAGUUUAGGUUAUUAGUUAGAAUAGGAUUAAAAAAUGGAUGGGAAUAUGAUCGGCCCCGGUCCGUACAGGGCAACAAAGUUGUGGAAUGAAACCAUCAAGCUUUUCCGUGGAGGGAUGCCACUGAAAAGACACUGGGCUCAUUUUCGGAGUUACGAUAACAGCUUCACCGGCUCAGAGGCUGUUGAUUAUCUUCACGAACUGCUGAAGCGUAACCAAAAUUUUGGGCCUGAGGUGACCCGCUAUCAGUCUCUACAGCUGCUGAGGAAGUUCCUUAAGAACCAUGUGAUUGAAGAUGUUAAGGGACGCUUUGGUAGAGAAGACUUUGACGACAACGGACGUUUAUAUAGAUUUCCUCCACAGUCACCCCUCAAACCUGUUCCUAAGCGUAUGCCUUUGGCACAGAGAGACUUUGCUCCACAGACACUACGAUGGGAUAACUGUGACGACACACAGGUGCCCUCAACGAUACCCAUGAAGCCGCUUGUUUUGAAUUCUGAGACAUGGAACAAGAGGCACAGUAUUGCCAUAGGGGAAGUUCCUGAGUGCAAGCUGAUUCGGAGGAGAGACGUCACGCCAAAGCAUGUGGACCAGAUAUGGAAGUCAAUGACUCUGAACCGUUUACAGAACGUUUUGGGGCUCCAGUCUUUAGACGGUGUUCUCGAUGCCAAGCUCUUGAGCUCCAAGCACAUUGUCUACAACGUAUUUAGUGUCAACAAACAGGGCAUCGUUGUUCUGAAGAACAAAGCAGAGGACCUUCCUCACUGGGUUUUAUCUGCAAUGAAAUGCUUGGCAAAUUGGCCCAAUGGAAAUGAGAGUAAUCAGCCCAUGUAUCACGGCUUCGAGCGAGAUGUUUUCCGAACAGUAGCUGAACACUUCCAGAGAUUAAAGGAGCCACUGCUGACAUUCCAGCUAUAUGAAAUUUUUGUCAGCAUUCUGGGACUCCUUCCACGACAGCAGGUUGCGGUUGAGGCGCUGCAGGUCUGCUGCCUCCUCCUGCCUCCAGCCAACCGGCGAAAACUGCAGCUGUUAAUGCGCCUGAUGACUAAAGCCUGCAACAAUCAUCAUCUCCCUCCACUUAACGAUGCCAUAGGAACACGCAUCCUGAUGGUCCAGACUUUCUCCCGCUGCAUUUUAUGUUCAUCAGAUGAAGUGGACCUGGAUGAGCUGCUGGCCACCAAACUCGUCAACUUCAUGAUGGAUAACCACGAGAACGUGCUGAAGGUCCCUGCCGAGCUACAGAGAUCUGUGCAGGAGCAUCUAUCCCACCUGCGCAGAGCUCAGAUAAAGUACGCAGGUGCAGACACAGACUCCACGCUGGAAUCGCCACCUCACACUUUCUGCAGGCAAAUCAGCAAGGAGGAGUUUGAGGAGCAGAGAGUCACGGGCUCCCAGGGAGCGAUAGUGGAGCUGCUAGAAGGGAUCAUUCAUGACAAGGCCAUGUCUAUAAAGGACAAGAAGAAGAAACUGAAACAGUUCCAGAGAUCUUAUCCUGACAUCUACCGCAGACGCUUCCCUACACCUGAGAGCGAAGCUGCAGUUUUUCCAGAGAGGCCUCAGAAGCUCAAACCCCAGCUGACAUUCUUCACCCUAAAAAAGAAGUCUUUGCAGCCUUUCCAGAGGAGCUGGAGCUUCCGUGCUUGAACCAAAAAUCACAAAGCUGCCAAGUACUGUAAAAAAAGAAAACUGUCUACAGACCCACAGUUAUCAGCCUGUAGCUUCUGG